AUGCCGUCCAGAUUCCUCUUCGUAACAAGCACGGGCAAAGAAAAGCCAGGGCAUACUGCAGAGCGCCGGCGGCAUGUCAUGCAGCAGCAGUCACCAGCGGACCUAGCUCGUAUGCAUUGGAAACAGAACGAGAAGCAGCCGACACUGAAUAAUCAUACUGCCGGCAGAAUCACAUUUCAACUCAAUGAGAACGUUCGGCUGCCUACAUCUGAUGCAGGAACUCACGAAUCACGAUUGGUCCACGGCACUCGAGGAAGAGAUGGUGGUGGGACAGCAAUUGCGACCCAGGUUUCGUUGCGGAGGGAGCUGGAAGCAGAGCACGAUGUAGAAGAAAGGCAUCCCGGAUCGGCAAAUGGAGCUUUCCAGCUCGACUCUGCCGCCAAUCAGAUCCCGCGAGAUCACGGGGCUGCUGGACGCCGGCUUCGCCAACUCAGGCUGAGCGAUAUAUCCCCUGAAGAGAAACAGCGCUUGCUGACUCUGUCCACAUCGCCCCUGCUUUUCUUCGGCGCAUCCAGCAUCGACCCACUUCACACCCUUCCUGUUUCCCUUACCCCCUGGGACUCAGCGCUCCUGGCCCGUUUCGCACACAACAAGAAAUGGCCAUGGUGUCCAGUCAGGAGCCAGUCCGAGUGGUCCACUUUCGCCAUGACCAACGAAAUGCUCUUCUCCGCCACCCUGUACGCAUGGAGCAUGGCAUUCCGCAACCGCCUCGCCUCUCCUUCCGAAGCAGUGACAUUCCUCGAGGACAACCCCGAAGUCCUCACCCACAAGCUUAAAGCCAUCACUCUGAUCAACAAGUCUCUCUCCAACACAGCCGCUUCCCUCAGUGAUGCAACUCUUGCCUCCAUCGCCGCCCUUGCCAACCUCGAGCUCAUCUUCGGCUCCUACCAGGCCGCAACGUACCACAUCUCUGGCCUGCGCCGUCUGGUCGUACUUCGUGGUGGUCUUAACUUCAGCACUGCAACAGUCCUGCAGCAACUAAUCUACCGCCUGAUUAGCUGGACCGGACUGGUCUACUCCAACGUCUACCACGCACCACUCUACUUUCCAGCGUUGGAGCUGUGGGACAAGUCCUGGAAGACACUAGACUCGUUCUCGAUUCCAGGGUCGCCGAUCUGCUACACUCCGCAAGGGCUAUGGUCGGAGGGUGUCGACAACUAUGAAGUCGUCGAUAUUCUCGAGGGCGUUCGCCGUCUGUGCCAGGCGGAGCGGGAGAAGCCGCGGCUGUCACUACUCGAUGAGCACGAGAAUAUGCUGAGAGCGGAUAUGUGUGCUAGUCUGGAGACAAGACUGACCAGGAUCAUCACCUCCAUUGACGCCCUCGCCGCCGCAGGCAGUGAUCUGCUCUCGAAUGAGGCUAGAAAGUCAACGUGGAACUCGUCGCUUUGGCAGAGCAUCGCCCUCACUGCACUUAUCUACAUCCACCACUUCCUCCGCGGGACGGACUUGCGAGCGCGGCAGUUCCGCGUGUGGACGAAAUCAUUGCGCGGUGCACUCGAUGCUCGAAUGGACGGCCACGGCUCCGAGUCUGGCACUGAUGCUGAUACAACUAGUCUGAGUCUCCGCUACGCUGCCACAGACGGUAACGUGCCAUCACCGGCGGCAUCGAUGAAGCAGUUCUUCUUCUCGCGGUCGUUGUUGCUUUGGGUACUGAGCGUUGGCGCGACUGCGAGCAUGCCGUCGUUGGGCGGGAAUGUUGUGCCCAGUGAUGUGGUGCCCAACGUUGUGUUGACGACGACGGAUCACGACUUUUUCAUCAAUCAGCUACGAUGGGCUAGAGUUCAUUACUCAUUGACAUGGCAGGACUACUUGUCUGCGAUACAGGACUAUUUCUGGACGGGCGAGGUUGAUGAGAGACGGUAUUGGGGUGUCUGGGCCGAGCUUGCGGAUGUAUCGAACGGACAAGGUGAAAGUGAACCAACAUCCGGUCCCAUCAGGUGA